GUCCCCUGCCCCGUACUCCUUUUGCACUGAGUUUUGCCGGGUUGAGGCGACGGGAAGGCUUAGCGGCUCGACUAUGGAGAAGGUGCUGUGCAGCGGGCACGGGCAUCCCUGCCUUUUGAAGACUGGUAUCCGGGAUGGCCCAAACAAAGGCAGAAGCUUUUAUGUGUGUGGCAUCCAAGGCCAGCAGCCAUGCGAAUUUGUGUUGCUCACAAAGCUUUGCCCUUCUCAUUGCUUGGUGCAUGAGAAACAUGUGGUGGACCUCCAGGUUUUGAUUCAGGAACAGGAGACAGACACAUACAAGCUAUUCUAUCGCUGCAGUAAAGCUAAACUGGAAGGGAAGAGAUGGUGUGGAAGUAUCCCAUGGCAGGAGUCAAAAGCCACCAUAUUGCCAAAUAAGCCACAAUCUCAGCAAGUCUCAGAAUUGCUCCGUAAUCUUGGAGAUCAAAGAAAUCCAUUCAAAGUACCAAACGAGAAUCACAAAUCUUUCAAACAAAUAAACUACAGUGAGGACAAAAACUUAUCAAGAAAUGAGGAUAAAAGACAGGUUCUAGAUAAAAAGGAUCAGCUGAAGUUGCCAUCUGAGUCUGUUAAGAAAGAAGAUCCGGCACCAGAGAAGACCAAGAACAAAAAGUUGGGAGAAAAAUGUGAAGGAUCACCCAAGGAAAGAAUAGAAACGGAAACAAAAGCAAACGAGUCCACAACUGAAAUUAAAAAGCCAGUAUUUUUGGAUACACACAAAUGUAAUUCUAGCAAACAGUUUGAGACAACUUCUGGGCACACAAGGCAGGAUUCAGCUCUGAGAUCUGCUGAAUAUGGCUUGCAAAAAGAGGAAAGUCCAAAGCAGUCAUUGCCCAGGUUCAGUGGCCAAACAUUGGGUGUAAAGCCCAUUAAUGAGGCGCAACUUGGAAGGAGAGGAUCAGAAACCUGCAGGGACAAAGCAGUAAAAAUGAAGACAAGUAACAACUGGGGAACUGAAGAGACAACACUGAUGCCCAGGCAAGUUGGGACUGUUCAGGAAUUGACAGGCUUGCCAGCGGUGCACCCUAAAGAAAACCCAGAGAAACUAUUACAAUUGAAAAUGGCUCCAGAAGAUAAAAGCAGUUCUGGUAAAAAUGCCAGCAGUGAUGAACAUGACAGAUUGGUAUCUUCCAAAUUGCCUGUUGGGCAGGAAUUGGAUUCCCACCAGUGGAAGGAUCGCAGUCAAAAGAAUUCGUCUUCCACAUCACACAAGAAGACCUCUUUGCAAAUGGCAGGAAGUCUGGAUUCCAAAGCUCUUCAUAGCCAACUUUCAGCUCAGCUGAAGCAGAAAAAGAACACUUUGAAAAUCGUGAAUGUUCAGGCUCUGCCCGAUAAAGGCGAGCGGUUACUCAAGCAGGUGCAGGACCUGGAAGCAGCACUUAGUUCUCUGAACCUGGAGGCAGAAGAAAGUGUAAAGGAAGCAGCAGAUGUGAACAGCAGUAAGCGCGAAGAGAAACUGCAGAAUCCGUUCUCCAAGACCACCGCAGAACAGCCAAAUACUGUGACAGGGCGAGGACCAAAGCCAUUCCGGGAGCCUCAGGUAGCCAGCUCCUUAGAGCUCCACCCUCCUUUGGGAUCUAGUCAGUGUUCCAGUAGCACUUAUAGAGAGGAUUCCUAUAUGCAGGCCCUUUAUGGAGGCCGGAUGACUGAAGAUCGCCUCCGAGCCGUGUAUGAUGCCACCAGUGAUGCAAUCAACCAGCUUCACAGUUCCCUUAAGUCCUGCCCGAAGGAGGAGACAGUGGUUGAGGAUCCACCUGGGUUAAAGGUCUCCUUACUCCUGCAUCAGAAGCAGGCGCUUGCUUGGCUUCUCUGGAGGGAGAAUCAGAAACCGUGUGGAGGAAUUUUGGCGGAUGAUAUGGGCUUAGGGAAGACUCUGACAAUGAUUGCUCUUGUUCUGGUUCAGAAGUGUUUACAGAAAGAUGAAGGGAAAAAGAAGCAACUUGAGCUUUCGGUGUCAAGACAAGAUACUUCUGUAAUCGUUUCCCACGGCACGCUGAUUGUCUGCCCCGCAUCUUUGAUCCAUCACUGGAAAAAAGAGGUAGAAAGACACGUCAGAAGCCGCAAGCUGAGAGUCUGCUUGUACCAUGGACCCAACCGAAUUAAGAACACGACUGUGCUUUCUGAAUAUGACAUUGUUGUCACUACUUACAGUAUUCUUGCCAAGGAAAUCCCUACACAGAAGGAAGAAGCAGAAGUUGCUGCUGAAGACCAUGUUGUGCAGGAUAAGUCCGUUCCCUUCUCUCCCCUGCUCUGGAUACACUGGGCUCGAAUUAUACUGGAUGAGGCCCAUAACAUUAAAAACCCCAAAGUCCAGGCCUCAAUAGCAGCCUGUAAAUUGCGAGCUACUGCCAGAUGGGCCGUCACUGGGACACCCAUUCAGAACAACCUCUUGGAUAUGUACUCCCUGCUAAGAUUCCUUCGCUGUUCUCCUUUCGAUGAAUUCAAGGUGUGGAAGAAUCAGGUGGAUAACAAUACAAGAAAAGGAGGAGAGAGGUUGACCCUCUUAACCAGGAGCCUCUUAUUGCGAAGGACUAAGGACCAGCUGGACUCAUCUGGCAAGCCUUUGGUAUUGCUGCCUCAACGUUGCACUCGACUGCACAGACUAAAACUCUCUGAAGAUGAGCAGUCGGUGUAUGAUGUACUUUUCAGAAGAUCAAGGUCAACCCUGCAGUCCUACAUCAAACGGCAGGAGACUAAGGGUACAGGACAGCACCCUGGGGAGAACCCAUUUGACAAAGGAGCGCAGCAGUUUAGAUGCCACCCACAAGGAGCCUUGGAAAAGCCUCGCCAGGAUGCUCCUCCUGUCUCCACUACCAUUCACAUCUUGUCCCUUCUGCUGAGGCUCCGCCAGUGCUGCUGCCACCUUUCCUUGCUGAAAGUGGCUCUGGACCUGGCUAACCUGAAUAGUGAAGGCAUCUGCCUCUCCUUGGAGGAGCAGCUCAGUGCUUUGACCUUGUCUGAACCCAGUGGUACCAAUGACCCUAUGGUGUACCUCUUUGGUACAGCUUUUAGUGUGGAUCUCUUCGAAGCAACCAAACAGAGCACCAAGCUAUCGCAUCUCUUGGAAGAGUUGAAGGCCAUCAAAGGGCGUUCCCAGAAAGCUGUCAUUGUUUCUCAGUGGACUAGUAUGCUGAAGAUUGUAGCAGUACACCUUGAGAAGCUGAGCAUAAAAUAUGCCACAGUGGAUGGCUCUGUGAAUCCUAAGCAGAGGAUGGAUGUGGUUGAGGAAUUCAACAAUAAUCCUAAAGGACCUGAGGUGAUGAUGAUCUCUCUCCUGGCUGGAGGUGUUGGCCUCAAUCUAGUUGGAGGAAACCAUCUCUUUCUCCUUGACAUGCAUUGGAAUCCAGCACUGGAGGACCAAGCCUGUGACCGCAUUUACCGCGUGGGACAGCAAAACGAUGUCACGAUCCACAGGUUUGUCUGUGAAGGGACAGUAGAAGAAAAGAUCUCGGAGCUACAAAGCAAGAAAAAAGAGCUGGCCCAGAAAGUGUUGUCAGGAAGAGUAGAUUCUUCAACAAAGCUGACCCUGGCAGAUCUCAAGCUCCUUUUUGGCAUUUAAACACUGUUUCUGUUUCUGUUUCAAAUAUGUGGAUGCCACGUGUGUGCGUACCUUUUGAAAAUUCACUAUAUUAAUGAAUAAAAGUGGUUAAGUGUU